GAGUGCAGGUGACCCUGCAGUGUAGUGGGUUGCAGCACCUGCUGGUUUGGUAGAUGGUCUGGGAUGUGGGGAAUCUGAGAAGUGAUGGGAAGAGACACAGAUUCCCUUUCCCCGCAGCGCUGCACCGCCACCCCCAGGAGGGGACAGAUGUGGAGGCCGAGUCAGGUGAGCUGGGCCGGCUGCGGGCCGAGCUGGCAGGCGCCCUGUCAGAGAUGGAGACCAUGAAGGCAGUGGCGGAGGUGAGCGAGAGCACGAAGGCGGAGGCUGUGGCUGCAGUGCAGCGACAGUGCCAAGAGGAGGUGGCUUCACUGCAGGCCAUCCUGAAAGACUCUAUCAGCAGCUACGAGGCCCAGAUCUCAGCCCUGCAGCAGGAGCGGCAGCAGCGGCAGCAGGACCAUGAAGAGAAGGAGCGAGAGCUGAGCCGCCUGCAGCAGCUCCUGGCCCAGGCCCAGCCCCGGGACUCCCUGGAGAAGGAGAUGGAAAAGGCCCACGAGGACGCGCAGAAGCUGCGGGAGAUUGUGCUGCCCAUGGAGCAGGAGAUUGCAGAGCUCAAGGCCAAGCUGUUGCGGGCGGAGGCACUGAUCCUGGAGAUCCAGGGACGGCCUCUGCUGGGCCCCGCAGAGUCCCUGCCGCCUUCCCGGAACCCGUCUCCCCCACUGGAGUCCCUGGAGGAGCCGCGCGGGGGCCCAGCGGCCGAGGCCUUCGCCCACAACUGUGACGACAGCGCCUCCAUCUCCUCCUUCUCCCUGGGCGGUGUGGGCAGCAGCGCCUCCCUGCCUCGCACCCGUCGGGGCCUGAGCCCUGAGCAGGAAGAGACGGCCUCCCUGGUGUCCACCGGGACCCUGGUCCCCGAGGGCAUCUACCUGCCGCCUCCGGGUUACCAGCUGGUCCCUGACAUCCAGUGGGAGCAGCUGCAGGUGGAGGGCCGGCAGCUGCAGAGGGACCUGGACAGCAUCAGCCGGGAGCGGGACGAGCUGCAGGAGGGCCUGCGGCGGAGCAACGAGGACUGUGCCAAGCAGAUGCAGGCGCUGCUGGCCCAGGUCCAGAACUCGGAGCAGCUGCUACGGACCCUGCAGGGCACCGUGAGCCAGGCCCAGGAGCGUGUGCAGGUGCAGAUGGCGGAGUUGGCCACCUCCCACAAGUGCCUGCACCACGAGGUGAAGCGGCUGACGGAGGAAAACCAAGGGCUCCGAGCCGAGCAGCUGCCAGCCCUGCAGGGCCAGGAGCAGCAGGCGGGCGAGGAGGCGGCGCUGCCUGGCUCAGUGCAGGAGCUGCAGCAGCUGGUGCGCCGCACACGGCAGGAGGCACACGCGCGACAGCAGGCCCAGAUGCACGAGGCCGAGCGCCUGCGCAUCGAGAUCGUGACUUUGCGGGAGGCGCUGGAGGAGGACACUGCGGCCAGGGCCAGCCUGGAGGGGCAGCUGCGCACACAGCGGGAGGAGGCAGAGGUGCUGCAGGCCUCCCUGUGCAGUCUGAGGACAGAGAUGGAGCGGAUCCAGCAGGAACAGAGCAAGGCCCAGCCUACAGACCUCCUCACCGAGCAGAGGGCCAAGGUGCUGCGGCUGCAGGCUGAGCUGGAGACCAGCGAGCAGGUGCAAAGGGAUUUUGUCCGGCUGUCCCAAGCCCUGCAGGUGCGCCUGGAGCGGGUCCGCCAGGCAGAGACCCUGGAGCAAGUGCGCAGCAUCAUGGACGAGGCGCCCCUGAGGGACGUCCGGGACAUCAGGGACACCUGAGGGGCCAGGCGAGAGCCCCAGCCCUUGCACCCCUGGGCAGCACCGCCAUUCUCCACUGUUGAUCCAGAGACGUGGGUCUGAGGAUGGUGUUCUCACCCUCCAAGCCCAGUUGGAGGGGUCGGGGCCUCCACCGCCCAGCGCCUCCUCCCUGGUGGCUGGACCUUCUGCUCUCAGGGAUGACACCUGGGUGAGGGUCCCAACCCCCCCAGAACCGAAGGUGCAGGCUGACCCUGUGGCUCUCUGCUGCCAUGCCACACUGGCUACCCCAGGCAGGACCGAGCUGGGCGGCGGUGGCUGGAAACCUCUGCAGACAUCAGGGGGUCCCUAGGCACGCC